GAAUCGAUAAGUAGGCUUUUUGUCAUAGCCCGGAUUGUAUAAAUGGAACAUACUGAAACAGUAAUCAAAAACAAAAUUACAUAAUCAUAUUUACUACAUAAUGUUCAAACAAUUUAAAGAAAAAAACUGUCAUCAUGCAUUUUAUUAAAUUCACAAAUAGCUACAGGGAUAACUACCUGAAACCGUCAGCAUUCGACGGCAACCACGACGACGGAGCAACGAUGGCAAAUUCCAGAAGGACCGCCAAUGACGACAGGACGACGGCUCCAAAUCCUGCGGAAAAGGAUGCCGAUGGUGGUACGGUUUUGGACGUGGAGCUGUUCAAGUUGAUCGGAAUAUAUCAGCUGUUGCGCCCAGCCGAGUGCGGCCUAAACAGUCGCCGGUGGCGGAUGGCCGCGCUGGUGGUCGUGGCUCUGACGCUCGGGCUGCAAUCGAUGCAGGUGUGCCGGCUAUACCUGGCCCGUCACGACUUUCAGAUGUUCGCAAACAUGGGCGUGUUGGUCAUCAACGGGCUCAUGUGCCUGCUCAAGGGCUACAUGGUGGUGGCCAACGCGGACCGGAUGUGCGCCACGUUGGAGGCGACCCGGUACGCGUUCACCGGUUGCGGUGUCCGCGACCCGUCCGAGCUGCGCCGUUGCCGGGCCACGCUGUCCGCCAUCCUCCGCACGUUCGUCGCGCUCAGCUUCGGCACGCUGUUCGUGUGGGUGCUCAUACCGUGGUUCAUGGCGUCCGAGUACGACGACAUGCCCUACGUCUGGGCAGUGGUGUACGUCGUCGAGUCCAUCAUACUCACCGUCAACGUGUUCUGCUGGACGUCGUUCGACUGUUACCUGGUAACCAUGUGUUUUGUAUUCGACGCCCUGUUCCGCACCAUGUCCACCGGUUACGAGACGCUUGGCCGUUGUCGGCCGAGUGCCAGUAAAUUAUCGGCGCCUCAACAGUUCGAUACCACGGCCACGAUAAGCAAAGCAUCGAUAGCAGAUGAUAACUAUGACGAUUUGACAAAUCACAUUCUUGACAAUAAAAAUAUAAUCGAACAGUAUGACGCGUUUUUCGACGUCGUUCGACCUAUGGUUCUGAUCCAAAUAGCUGAUGGGUCAUACUCAAUAAUUACGCUGAUAUUUCUCACAUCGUUGGCGUAUAUCAAGGGUUAUUCUAUCGUGUCAGCGCCAAUUUUGAAAUUUGUCUGUGGACUGACUUCGCUCACCCUUGAACUGUAUAUUUAUUGUUACGGCUUCAACCACAUAGAAGACGGGAAAUCCAUGGUGAAUUUCGGACUUUACAGCAGCAAUUGGACGGAGAUGGAUUUGAAAUUUAAAAAAACUUUGUUGUUGACUAUGACCAUGAACUCUGCUCACAAGCGAGUGAUGAAAGUAUCACCAAAUUCUAUCGUAAAUCUGGAAAUGUUCUCCAGGGUGAUGAACAUGUCAUACUCGAUUGUGUCCGUAUUACUAAAUUAUUAAGAGCACCUAUAUCAAACAAGUACCUAGGUUCCUCCUAUAGCUGGCAAAUUUUACAAUAAAUCUGUAGAAUAUUAUUUGUUCAAAUGUACCUACUAUAUGAAUGCUUUAACUUCAUGGUAACAUAAAAUAAAUAUUGGAGUGCAUGA